AUGCCUGAAGUCGGGGCUGUGGAAACUUCCAAGGGAGAAUACGAAUAUAUUGAAUGGUUUACUUUUGGGGCGGCUACCUAUCCGAGACUUAUGUCAUGGAGGGCCUCUAAAAACGACUCCGGCAGAAUAGGUAUUGGUCCAGGAUUUGUGGGCCUUCGUGAUGCAAAUGUAGAUGUUGAGGGUGAGGAACUUCCUGCGGGAAAGACCGUUGUUGUGUCAGAAAUGGAGUUUAAAUUAGUGGCAAAAACAUAG